AAUCCAUUCGAGUCCUCGAGCAAACACACGGGCAGCAUGCAUGGUGUGAGUGCCAUGCCAUGGCGGCUAGGUGGGAGUUGCGUGAUCCAAGCAAGCAAGCACGACACGUCAAAGCGCGUUGCUUCACUAAGCCAACACGGCGCCUGCCUGCACGCAGACCCUGGACAUGGCUUCAAGCUGCGCUGCCGGUUCCAGGAAGAAUGGUGGCGGAUUUUUCCGAUUUCGUGACAGUUACAGCCAGUCAGGCGUGUUAGGAAUCUUCAGCAUCUGAAGGAUCUUUUGAAAGUCGAAUUCAACAAACGAGGCUUUUCUUUCGUCGAAGCUGAACUCUCAUGCUUGUUUAGCGCAAUUUAUCACUUCACUUCCUACCUAUAGCAGCAGGUUAUCGUCGAAGGGGGAUGAUGCUGUCUACAAACCGCCUCGCGUUUCCGGUUCUGCAGCGAAGUCGUAAGGUGAUUUUGGGGAGUCGAUUUUAUGGAGUUGGAAUUGGGGAGACAACUGAUGCAGGUCACCCUAAGUACCCCAACAUGACGCCCAAUGAGGAUCGCUCUCCAGCCACCACUGACGACCUGACACGUGCAGCAGCUGAGGCGGCAUUCCCAACGCCAGGAGCCAGCCCUACAAGCCUGAUGGAGGGGAGGGGGGAGAAGGAGCAGAAGCACUCCACACACCUGAGGGCAAAGGGGUUUGUAGUGACAGAGCUGGAAGCGGGAGUGAGAGACGCUGAGGAGAAGCUGAAGAGGAGGAGUGGAUCUGGAUUAGGGAGCCGGCAGACAAUCACUAGUGACACGACUGCUGGGAAUUAGCUUGUCGUCCGUUCCUGGCCAGUCUUGGCGGAAUCUGGACCCGACCAGCCUGGUGGAGGAGAGGGGUGAGAAGGAGCAGAAGCACUCUAGACACCUGAGGGCGAAGGGGUUUGCGGUGACAGAGCUGGAAGCGGGAGUGAGCAACGCUGAGGAGAAGCUGAAGAGGAGGCCUGGCGCUGGGUUAGGGAGCCGGCAGACAAUCAUGAGUGACACGACUGCUGGAUUGCCUGUUUGUCUUGCCUUUCUUGGGAAUGUCCCCUACUGCCGGAGUUGCUGUUUCCAGAUGCACUCCUAACGCAGGUUCAAGGCACUGAGGCGAUGGGAAGUGUUGUAUGCUUAUGUGACGGUAGUCUGUGUAUAAUCUUGUUCCAGAAUUCAUAAGCAGAUGCUUUGUGGUACAGUUAUCCGCAUGACAAAAAAGUGGAACACUUGUU